AUGUCGAUCCAACAGCUUUCUAAAUUUCUGAAUGAUCAGAAUGAAUUUCGUCGUCAAGCUCGAGGCUGUUCCAGUGCAGUAUUAUUACAAUACGAUUACUCUGAAUCACAACAAGUAUUCAAGGAUAAGUUUCCUUCCAGUAAUUUUUCUGCGCUCGGUGGUCUAAAAGAUUGGGAAUGGUUCAUCGACGAAAAAAGCAAACCAAACAUCCGACCGAGCUUUUAUAAUCAGAGAUUGCACAUCCCAAUGGGCCCUGUCCCAAGUCCUGCAACAAGAAUUGAGCAAUACGAGUCGGAAAUGCCAAUCGCCGUGUUGGGUUUUCUUUAUACUCUAUCAUUCGAAGAAUUGAAUGCGCUAGCACGAGAGCAAUCUUUAGAAGACAGACAACAGUUUUACGUUCCUGUUCAAAUUCAAUCCAGGUCAAUUAAUGGUUUUGAUACAAAGAUGAUUGUGGCAACCAUUUUCGUAGACAUAGCUACCACUAGAGGUGGUUCUAUUGAUUUGACAAAUGAAUUAACGAACUUAAGAUGGGUUACGGCAAUCAAACGCAUGGAACUAAUAGGAAUGCCGAAUUGGUAUGUCACAAGUAUCGAGGCGAAACUUAGAGGAUGGAAUAAGAGGGUUGAACCUCUUCUUGUUCGUCUUAAUCCAAAUCCUACCAUUGAUCCACGGGCAGCCCAAAGACAGGCAGCCCUCAUCUUGAAUGCAAGACUUCAGCAGCAAAAGCAACAGCAACAGCAAGAAGAUCAACAAGGUCGACAAAAGCAGAAGAAGGCACCAAGUCGACCAAUGAUCACAAUUUCACAGAGACAGAGAGACUCUAUGCUACAGCAGAUCCUGAACCAUGGAAUGAUAUCCUCCGAGGCCAUGCUAAAGCUUACCGAAUCACAAAAGACUCAUAUGGUCGACACUUAUUUACGCAGACAGCAAAAGGCAAUUUAUGUAAGAGAAAAAGCUGAGAAGAAACGACUCGAAGAAGCUUCUGGAGUUUCUGCUUCAAGGAUUGGAAUCCCAGGACAGCAAACAAACCCGCGUGAAGAAGCUAUUCUCAACGACAUACUUCGAAAACAGAAAAAUGCAGUGAGAGAACAAGAUUCUAGAGAAAGUUCUAGAAUGCCGCCACCACCACAACCGGUUCGCAGAUAUUCACAAAGUAGUCCAGGAAAGAUCCAAGCACAAGCACAAAAUGGAAAUAGCAGGCCCCUACCACAACUCAACUAUCCUCAAAAUCCCAAUAAUCUCAAACGACAAGCUUCGAAUUCGAUGUCUACCGCUAUUGGAACCCCAGAUGCUAAACGACAGAAUACAGGGAAUACAACUGGUAAAAGGGGAGGUUCACAGAACUCCAAUGUAAAUAAUGGAGAGUUGAAAGAUCCGGCUUCAAAUCCAAACGCAAAGAAGAAUUCAAGUGAUGCUCAGGAAGUCAAGCCCAAGACAAGAGGUCGACCCAGGAAGAGUCGGGCUAAGGUACCGCCUACUGGGGAUUCGAAUAAUUUGAAUCAAGAUGGACAGAAUAGCCAGGCCGCGGGAAAUAGCAUGGGCUCUGGUGGAAAGGUACAGACGAAUGCCAAUGUGAAGGGCAGUGCGAUGUCUAGAAGUCAACCACAAGCUACUCCUGGAGAUUUAAAUCAAGUAGCGAACGGCAAUGAAAUCAGUAACGCGUAUUCGAAUGGAAACCUCAAUAUGCAGAAUAGAUCACAAGCUCUUCCGCACGUGGAACAAGCAGCGAAGAUGGUAGAUUAUUUUCAGCCAAAAGCUAAUGGGGAGAAAGCGGGAGAUGGAAGGUUGCAGUAG